AAGCUUUCUUUUCUUUAUUUUUGCUCAUAUUAAUUUAUGCACAAAAAGUUGGGUUACAAGUUGAACUCUCAACUAAUACAUUUAUUAAUUAAAAAAAUUAAAAAUUUGUAUCAAGUUAAAAUGGGUAAACCAGAUUGAAACAGAUGGAGUAAUUAUUGUGUUAUUGUAAUGUAAUUCAAUGAUCUUCUAGAUGGUGGGACAGCUAGCUGUUUCCUUGGUUAUUGUGAUGGUGUCACUAUCACGAUAGUAUGAACUCGCCGGCGCUCUUAAAUUUCCUCCUCAAAUUAUUUAACUAUAUUAUAUUUCCCGAUCCGAUUUCGUAAGCACUGUCAUCAGCAAAAAAGAUUAAAUGACCAAUUGUCAAGGCCUCUAUUUAUUUGACAACUUCUUUCUCCUACUCUACAAUUUUGUGCCUCAGGACUGAAAAUUUCCUCCAAAAUAUCAGGCAUUCUAGCAAAAAGUAAAGUUGGCAAGAGGAAAAGAUGUCACGGUGUUCAGAUUACCAGUUGCUUUCAUUUGUGCUCUUACUGCUAAUAACAAUACAUCCAAGUUCACAAUCUCGAGUAAGGGAAGAAAAUGGUGUGAAAUCUGCUGUCUUUCUAUCACCAAAGUUUGUGCUGGAACCUGGAUCUGUUUCUAACAAGUUUUACUACGACAUCGACUUUCCAAAAGGCCAUAUUGCUCUCAAAAGUUUUGAUGCUGAAGUAGUUGAUGAGGCAGGGAAUUCGGUACCCCUCCAUGAGACAUAUCUUCACCACUGGGUUGUAGUAAGAUAUUAUCAUCGACAAGGUGUGGAUGUGGCAAAGUACCAUGGCAAUCUGGGGUUCCACAAAUCAAAUUUUAUUAUCAAGAGAAACUCAGGGAUAUGUGAAGGAGGUCUUUCUCAAUAUUUUGGCCUUGGUUCAGAGACCAGAAAAACAAUGUCGUAUGUUCCAGACCCUUAUGGAAUAGAAGUCGGUAAUCCAGUCGAAGUACCUCCUGGAUACGAGGAGAGAUGGUUGCUUAAUGUACAUGCAAUUGAUACACGAGGUGCCGAAGAUAGAUUGGGAUGCACUGAAUGCAGGUGUGAUCUUUAUAAUGUUACCAAGGACGAGUAUGACCGAGAUAUAGAGCCAGAUUACAUCGGAGGCUUGAGAUGUUGUUAUGAUGAAACAAGAUGCAGGGUGAAGGACGGAUUCCAAGGAUCGAGGAGAAGCCUGUACCUGAAGUACACAGUGAAGUAUAUUGAUUGGGAUGCCUCCAUUUUGCCUGUCAAAAUUUAUAUACUCGAUGUCACUGAUACAUGGAAAAGGCCAGGAAAAUCAACAGCCACUGUGGCAAGACAUCAUUGUCUGAUCGAAUAUUUAGUGGAGUCGUGUUCGGCAUCUGUAGCAAAUGCCGAUUGCAGUCAUACCAAGAAGAUAACUGUAACUUUUCCUAGUGGCGGAGAUAUCAUCUACGGAGUUGCUCACCAGCAUACGGGAGGGACUGGCAUGGCACUCCACGGAGAGGAUGGACGUGUCAUAUGCUCAUCUCUUCCAAUCUAUGGGGAAGGAAUGGAACCAGGAAAUGAAGCUGGUUACAUUGUCGGGAUGUCCAGUUGUUAUCCUAGGCCUGGCUCUAUCAAGAUUUCGGAGGGGGAAACGGUAACAUUACUAUCAAACUAUAGCAAUGCUCAGAGGCAUACAGGAGUGAUGGGGUUGUUCUAUCUCUUGGUUGCUGAGCCAUCACCAAAGCCUAAUUCUAUCCUACAUUCCACAGAUGGAACAGGGGAGAUUAUAAUAUUGCACAAUGCUGUUGGGGCCUUGGCAGUGUUUGGAAUUGCACUAAUUGUUGGUGCUGUUGUUAUUUAUCGCCGUCGGAAUCAGAGAGAGGAAGGCUAUGAAUCUAUACUGAUGUGAAGUGGUCUCUUUUCUGGUGACUCUGGUCCCUAGUGUAUACAGUACACAAUACAAGUUACCAUCACUACAAGUUCUGAUCUCCCUUCUUUUUGGAGACUAGUUACUCGAUACAUGUGUUGCAUUUGUAUGUCAAGUCAUGAAUUCCAAGAUUUUGUAAAAUAAUAUAAAUACUAUUAAAAUAAAACUUUUGAGUAAUGAUCAUACAUAAGAAUGAAGUACAGGUGUUUGUGAAUUAUCUUUGGAUCUUUGUAUAGUGACAUGUUAGUCAAUGUUAAGAUGAUCCCGGAUAUUAUGUCAAUUUACGAAGUUGAAUAGUCAAAAACUAAUUAGAUGCA